CCGCCGCUUCCGGCGGGGCCGGUACCGGGCCGGUGCCGCCCCAGGGGUUGUGUCGGUUUCCGCCAUGGGGAAGUCGGAUUUCCUCAGCCCCAAGGCCAUCGCCAACCGCAUCAAGUCCAAGGGGCUGCAGAAGCUGCGUUGGUACUGCCAGAUGUGCCAGAAGCAGUGCCGCGAUGAGAAUGGCUUCAAAUGUCACUGCAUGUCUGAGUCCCACCAGAGGCAGUUGCUGCUGGCUUCUGAAAAUCCUCAGCAGUUCAUGGAUUACUUUUCUGAGGAAUUCCGAAAUGAUUUCCUCGAGCUGCUCAGGAGGAGAUUUGGAACAAAGAGAGUCCACAAUAAUAUUGUGUACAAUGAAUAUAUCAGCCAUAGAGAACACAUCCACAUGAAUGCCACACAGUGGGAGACUCUGACUGAUUUCACUAAGUGGCUGGGGAGGGAAGGUCUUUGCAAGGUGGAUGAGACUCCAAAAGGCUGGUAUAUCCAGUAUAUUGACAGGGACCCAGAGACUAUUCGCAGGCAACAAGAGCAAGAGAGGAAGAAGAAACAGGACCUUGAUGAUGAAGAAAAAACUGCAAAAUUCAUUGAACAGCAAGUUAGAAGAGGUUUGGAGGGGAAAGAAGUGGAGAAGCCAGUCUAUACUGAACUGAACAGAGAAAACGAUGAAGAAAAAGUUGCAUUUAAUUUAAACAAAGGAGCAAGUACUUCAAUAGCUGCAUCUUCUAAAACAAGCAGUGGCCUUGGACCGAAUGCACUGAAGAUGGUGGAAGGGGCAGUUAAAAGGAAAGAAUCAGCUCAUAGCUCUGGUCAGUCCAAAGAGAAAAAGAAGAAAUCUGCACUGGAUGAGAUUAUGGAGCUUGAAGAGGAGAAGAAAAGAACAGCUCGGAGAGACUACUGGUUACAGCCUGAAAUCGUUGUAAAAAUUGUAACAAAAAAGCUUGGAGAGAAGUAUCACAGGAAGAAGGCAGUUGUUAAGGAAGUGAUUGACAAAUAUACAGCAGUUGUGAAGAUGAUUGAUUCUGGAGACAAACUGAAGCUUGAUCAGACACACCUAGAAACUGUCAUACCAGCACCAGGCAAGAAAGUGAUGGUCUUAAAUGGUGGCUACAGGGGAAACGAAGGCAUCUUGGAAUCUAUCAAUGAGAAGAGGUUUUCAGCUACAAUAGUCAUUGACUCUGGCCCUUUAAAAGGCCGCCGGGUUGAAGACAUCCUGUAUGAAGACAUCUCCAAACUCGCGUGAGUUGCUUAUCGUGGAUCACAGAAGAUUUUUGGUUCCCAAAACCAUCUUUCUGGCAUCUUACAGCAGACACAAGACUCUACCAUGUCAGGGUUUUAACUGUGUGUGUGUGUAUGUAUUUAUAAUGUAUAUAGAAAUUAACCACAAACAAACUGGAUUUAUUUAAAGACCACUAUGGAUUUGUUACAUAAAAUGCUUGUGGAGAUCUGAUCAGUGGAAAUAUUUCACCUGAUUCUCUAUCGAAGUUAUAAUACUGGGUUCAGUUUCCUUACAGAUGGCUGUAAGUGAAGUAUUCUGUAAGUGGAGUAUUUUACUCACUGAAGUGUGGUAGCAGAGAGGCAGAAUUACCUACAAAUAGCUGCUUGAGGCACAUAGUGUGUGUUGGGGCCAGGUUUCACAGCACACACUCCUCAAUCUGCAGCCAAGUUCUGGCUGUAGGAACAAGGGGAGGGAUUAAGUGAAUAGCAGGAAGGGAAUAGUGGUUAUUCCCCUGGAUGUUGUAGGAAUGGUCUGGUUUAUUGAGUGCUGUUGCCAGCUUGUUUUUGGUUACACAUUGGUGUUGGUAGAAUGCAAGUCACCCCUUCUCCGUUGUGUUUGCCAGUAAUACUAAUAUGCAGUUUAUCCUCAUAUGGACUCAAGUGUGGGUGCUGCUUGUGGGGUUUCUGUGUGCCAGCCAAGGUGUAUGUGGAUACAGACUGGUGAUUGCUGGUUUGGUUUUCCAGAGCCUUUUCCUUUGUCACGUUUCCACUCUUGCUCUGCUCCGUGAGUAUCAUCACUCACUAAAGGAUGUAACAGGGGCUUUUGUUAUUUUUAAAAAAUGUCACAUUUUGUACAAUGUUUAAUUUCUGAACAUGGUCAGGAAUAAACAGAAACCUUUCCUA